AUGAAUCGAAAGAUCAUUUUAGUCCAAAGACCCCAAGGACUUCCUAAAGAUGAAGACUUCAAGCUCAUUGAAGAACCCCUUAACACAGCUUUAGAAAUUGGAGAAGUUCUUGUCAAAGUAGAAUGGAUUUCUAUCGACCCUGCCCAAAGAGUCUGAAUAGGCGCCGGAAGAUCAUAUAUAACCCCUGUAAGUGUCGGAUCUGUCGUCAAAGGAAUGGGCGCUGGCAUUGUAGUUUUUUCUAAAAGCCCUGCAUUUAAGCGUGGCUCCUUUGUCACAGGGUUUUUACACUGGCAGGAAUACGCAAAAGUCAAAGCGUCUGACAUAAUUCGUCUUCCUUCAUAUGUAAAUCCACAGCUUCACUUACUCUUCAUUUUAAGAGAGAAAUAAACGAUUAGAAAAAUGCCUACUUUUGUGAAAAUCAAUAGUGAAACAAAAAUUAAUAUAAUAGUUAUAACAAGAAUUAUAUUGAAUUUGGUGCUGCUUGUAUCCUUAAAAAAUAAUUUUUAUAAAUUAAAUGAGUUUGUUUUUAAUCAUCUCAAUUCAGUUUUUAAAAUUUCAAAAAAAAAAAAUUGCCCUCAUUUGAGAGCAAGCGGAAACAUCUUACUCGCUUUUAAUAGGAGAAAGUUAGGGGUUUUAGGUAUGACAGGACUGACUGCUUAUGUAGCUGUAAAUGAAAUAGCGAAACCAAGAAAAAAAGAAACCAUGGUUGUCUCCACAGCCGCAGGCGCAGUCGGGUCUAUAGCCUGCCAAUUGGGAAAAAUCCGAGGUUGCCGCGUUAUCGGUAUUUCUGGCUCUGACGCCAAAAAUAGGUGGCUUACAGAAAUAGGUGUCGACGGUGUUAUUAACUACAAAACAGUGCCAAACCUGACACAAGCCUUAAAAAGCCUCUGCCCUGAAGGUAUCGACAUUUACAUUGACCUUGUCGGUGGCGAUAUCCUGGACGCAGUCUUACUAAAUAUCAAAAAAUACGCAAGGAUCGUCAUGUGUGGGGCCAUUUCUUCUUAUAACCUCAAAAGAGCCCCGCCAAUCCGUUAUUACCCUCUCAUAAUCUCCCAAUCAGCCUCAGUUGAAGGAUUUAUUGUAUGGGAACACAGAAAUAAAUUCGACAUUGCCGUAAAAAAUCUGAGUAAAUGGAUAAAAGAAAACAAAAUAAAGCACAAAGAGCACAUCGUGGACGGCAUUGAAAACGCCCCAAGAGCAUUAAGAAUGGUCAUGACUGGCGAAAAUUUCGGAAAAAUGGUGGUAAGAGUGGAACAUCAGAGUCCUAAAAUUUAA